GUAGGCAGCGAAGCCGGAAGGGCCGGCCUAAGCGAGGCGACCUCGUCCCUUCCUCCUUCCUCCCCUCCCUCCCCACCCCUUUCCUCCGGUCCCCCGAGGGGGAGCCGCCCCUCUUCCACCAUGCCUCGAAUCCCUGAAUGGUCCCGCUGGUCCUGCUGUUCUCGUACCUGAUUUUUUUAUGGUUAGUUUGGAGCAUCAUGGCGGAUGCCAAGUCUGUUACCAAGAGUAAGUCUGAAACCAAAACCCAGCGCCAGGCGCCUUUUUCAACUUGUGUCAGCAAAGGGGAGCCAGUCCACCAAAAUGUAGACAAUCAGUCACCCGCAGCCAGCCUGCAACUCGACACGCCAGCGUGCCUCGAAGGCCCCGCCGAUGGCCCGAAGCGACUGACAUCUCGCCCGCCACCGCACACGAAAACAUGCCCACCGUUAGAUGUGACCGAGAGCUGCGCGAAGCCUCAGGCCAAUGGCCUGGAGGGGCAAGGGAGUCCAGGGUCUCCAUCCUCCCCUCCGGGCUCUCAGGGAAAGCGCCUCCAAUCUUCUUCGAAGGAAGACCAGAAACGGGCCCAGAUCAAAAAGCAGCUGAUGACCAAUUUCAUCCUGGGCUCCUUUGAUGACAACUCUUCCGAUGACGAAACCCCUGAUGGAUUGUUCAGAGCUUCCUCCAGGAAGAGCAGCCGGUCAAGUUUUGGCUCUUUGUCUUUUGACUCGGCUUCCCUUCGGUCCAUGACUGAGUCCGAAAUGUCUGUACCAACCAUGAGGCCUAGCAUGUCAGGACUGCACCUGGUAAAAAGAGGAAGAGAACAGAAGAAAUUGGACCUUCAUCGGGACUUCACAGUCGCCUCUCCGGCUGAGUUUGUAACUCGCUUUGGGGGGAAUUACGUUAUUGAAAAGGUUCUCAUUGCCAAUAAUGGCAUUGCUGCUGUCAAGUGUAUGCGAUCCAUUCGAAGAUGGGCCUAUGAGAUGUUUCGAAAUGAGAGGGCCAUCCGCUUCGUGGUCAUGGUCACGCCAGAAGACCUCAAAGCCAACGCAGAGUACAUCAAGAUGGCAGAUCAUUAUGUCCCUGUUCCGGGAGGGCCAAACAAUAAUAAUUAUGCCAACGUAGAGCUCAUAGUGGAUAUCUCCAAGCGACUCCCAGUGCAGGCUGUGUGGGCUGGCUGGGGCCAUGCCUCGGAAAACCCUAAACUGCCAGAACUGCUCCAGAAGCAUGGCAUUGCUUUCUUAGGCCCACCCAGUGGAGCCAUGUGGGCACUGGGAGAUAAGGUUGCUUCGACCAUAGUUGCCCAGACCCUGCAGAUUCCUACGCUACCCUGGAGCGGGAGUGGUCUUGUUGUGGAUUGGCAGGAAGAGGAUCUCCAGCAAAUGAAGAGAAUCAGUGUCCCUCCAGAAAUGUAUAACAGAGGCUGCGUGAAGGACGUAGAAGAAGGUUUGCAGGCUGCAGAAAAAAUUGGCUUCCCGGUGAUGAUCAAAGCUUCUGAAGGGGGUGGAGGCAAAGGGAUCCGGAAAGCUGAGAGUGCUGAGGACUUCCCGAACCUCUUCAGACAGGUGCAGAGUGAGAUCCCGGGCUCACCAAUUUUUGUCAUGAAGCUGGCUCAGCACGCCCGGCACCUGGAAGUCCAGAUCCUUGCAGAUCAGUAUGGGAAUGCUGUGUCGCUCUUUGGGAGAGACUGCUCCAUACAGCGGAGACACCAAAAGAUUAUAGAGGAGGCGCCGGCUACCAUCGCCAUGCCCAUGGUGUUUGAGCACAUGGAACAGUGUGCCGUGCGCUUGGCCAAGACGGUGGGCUAUGUGAGCGCGGGGACCGUAGAAUACCUCUAUAGCGAAGAUGGCCACUUCCAUUUCUUGGAACUGAACCCCCGUUUGCAGGUGGAACAUCCCUGCACAGAGAUGAUCGCCGAUGUCAACUUGCCGGCUGCUCAGUUGCAGAUUGCCAUGGGAGUGCCUCUGAACAGGCUGAAGGACAUUCGGAUCCUGUAUGGAGAGUCGCCAUGGGGCGUCACGCCCAUUUCCUUUGAAAACCCCAUCAAUCCACCUAUUCCCAGAGGCCACGUGAUCGCCGCCAGGAUCACCAGCGAAAAUCCAGAUGAGGGUUUUAAGCCAAGUUCUGGGACCGUCCAGGAGCUGAAUUUCCGCAGUAGCAAGAACGUAUGGGGCUACUUCAGCGUGGCGGCCGCUGGGGGCCUGCAUGAGUUUGCCGACUCCCAGUUUGGUCACUGCUUCUCCUGGGGAGAGAACCGAGAAGAAGCUGUCUCGAACAUGGUGGUGGCCCUGAAGGAGCUGUCGAUCCGAGGAGAUUUCAGGACCACAGUGGAGUAUCUCGUUAACCUGCUGGAGACAGAGAGCUUCCAGAGCAAUGACAUCGACACGGGCUGGCUGGAUCACCUCAUUGCUGAGAGGGUACAGGCUGAGAAACCUGACAUCAUGCUUGGGGUGGUCUGUGGAGCCUUGAACGUUGCAGACGCCUUGUUCAGGACCUGCAUGACUGACUUCCUUCAUUCAUUGGAAAGGGGCCAGGUUCUUCCAGCAGACUCUCUGCUGAACAUCGUGGAUGUGGAGCUGAUCUAUGGAGGGGUGAAGUAUAUCCUUAAGGUUGCCCGACAAUCCCUGACCAUGUUUGUUCUCAUCAUGAACAACUGUCACAUCGAAAUAGAUGCCCACAGGCUCAAUGAUGGCGGGCUGCUGCUGUCCUAUGAUGGUAAUAGCUACACCACGUACAUGAAGGAAGAAAUCGACAGUUACCGGAUCACCAUUGGCAAUAAGACAUGUGUGUUUGAGAAGGAGAAUGAUCCCACCAUCCUGAGAUCUCCCUCUGCGGGAAAACUGGUACAGUACUUAGUGGAGGAUGGAGGCCAUCUGACCACCGGAACCACCUAUGCAGAAAUGGAGGUAAUGAAGAUGAUCAUGACCUUGAGUGUGCAGGAAGAUGGACGGAUCUACUACGUGAAGCGGCCAGGAGCUGUGCUCCAAGCAGGCUGUAUGAUAGCCAGGCUGGAGCUGGACGAUCCUUCUAAAGUCCACGCAGCUGAACCAUACACAGGGGACCUGCCCUGCCAGCAAACUCUGCCCAUCAUGGGAGAGAAGCUGCACCAGGUUUUCCACAAUGUCCUGGAGAACCUGACCAACGUCAUGAAUGGCUACUGUUUGCCAGAACCCAUUUUCAGCACCAAGCUCAAGGAGUGGGUUAACAAGCUGAUGGUCACCCUGCGGUCCCCCUCCCUACCCCUUCUGGAGCUCCAGGAGAUCAUGACCAGCGUCUCUGGCCGGAUCCCGCCCUCUGUGGAGAAAGCGGUCCGCAAAGUCAUGGCCCAGUAUGCAAGCAACAUCACCUCUGUGCUGUGCCAGUUCCCCAGCCAGCAGAUCGCCAACAUCCUGGACAGCCACGCUGCAACUCUCCAGCGGAAAGCGGACCGAGAAGUUUUCUUCAUGAACACUCAGAGCAUCGUGCAGCUAGUGCAAAGGUACCGGAGUGGAACUCGGGGCUACAUGAAGACCGUGGUGUUAGAUUUAUUAAGGAAAUACCUGCAAGUGGAACAUCACUUCCAACAAGCCCACUAUGACAAGUGCGUGAUUAACCUCCGGGAGCAGUUUAAGCCAGACAUGUCACCUGUGCUCAACUGCAUCUUCUCCCACGCGCAGGUGGCCAAGAAGAACCAGCUGGUGACCAUGUUAAUCGAUGAGCUGUGUGGUCCAGAUCCAUCAUUGACCGAUGAGCUUCUCUCCAUUCUCGGUGAACUCACCCAAUUGAGCAAAAGUGAACAUUGCAAAGUAGCCUUAAGAGCCAGACAGGUACUGAUCGCCUCCCACCUCCCCUCUUAUGAACUCAGACACAACCAAGUAGAAUCCAUUUUCUUGUCUGCCAUUGACAUGUAUGGCCACCAGUUCUGCCCAGAAAACCUCAAGAAACUGAUCCUGUCUGAAACCACCAUAUUUGAUGUUCUGCCCAAUUUUUUCUACCAUGCUAACCAGGUGGUCUGCAUGGCAUCCCUGGAGGUGUAUGUCCGAAGAGGCUACAUUGCCUACGAGCUAAACAGCCUGCAGCACCGGCAGCUUCCUGAUGGCACCUGUGUUGUGGAAUUCCAGUUCAUGCUGCCCUCGUCUCAUCCGAACAGAAUGUCUCUUCCGGUCAGCAUCAACAACCCUGACCUGCUGCGGCACAGCACCGAGCUCUUCAUGGACAGCGGCUUCUCCCCCCUCUGCCAGAGGAUGGGCGCCAUGGUCGCCUUCCACAGAUUUGAGGACUUUGUCAGAAACUUCGAUGAAGUCAUCUCCUGCUUCGCCAACCUGGCUAAGGAGAGCCCACUGUUCAGCGAGGCGCGGUCCAUGCUCUACUCAGAGGAUUGCAAGUGCCUCAAGGACGAGCCCAUCCACAUUUUGAACGUUGCCAUCCAGUACGCCGACCACCUGGAGGACGAGGAGCUGGUCCCCAUCUUCCGGACGUUUGUGCAAUCCAAGAAGCUCGUCCUUGUGGAAUACGGCCUCCGGAGAAUCACCUUCCUCAUCGCCCAGGAGAGAGAAUUUCCCAAGUUUUUCACCUUCAGAGCACGAGAUGAGUUUGCCGAAGACAGGAUUUACCGCCAUUUGGAGCCCGCCCUGGCCUUCCAGCUGGAGCUGAAUCGAAUGCGGAACUUUGAGCUGAAGGCCGUGCCCUGCGCCAACCACAAGAUGCACCUGUACCUGGGCGCGGCGCGAGUGAAGGAGGGCACCGAAGUGACCGACUACCGGUUCUUCAUCCGCGCCAUCAUCAGGCACUCGGACCUCAUCACCAAGGAAGCCUCCUUCGAGUACCUGCAGAACGAGGGGGAGCGGCUGCUCUUGGAAGCCAUGGACGAGCUGGAGGUGGCCUUCAACAACACCAGCGUACGCACCGACUGCAACCACAUCUUCCUCAACUUCGUGCCCACGGUCAUCAUGGACCCUUCCAAGAUCGAGGAGUCGGUCCGCUCCAUGGUGAUGAGGUACGGCAGCCGGCUCUGGAAGCUCCGGGUCCUGCAGGCCGAGGUCAAGAUCAACAUCCGCAUGACCCCAACUGGCACCGCGAUCCCCAUCCGUCUCUUCCUGACCAACGAGUCUGGCUACUAUCUGGACAUCAGCCUUUACAAAGAAGUGACUGAUCCCAGGAGCGGAAACAUCAUGUUCCACUCCUUCGGGAACAAGCAGGGCGCCCAGCACGGGAUGCUGAUCAACACGCCCUACGUGACCAAAGACUUGCUCCAGGCCAAGAGAUUUCAGGCUCAGUCUCUGGGAACCACCUACAUCUAUGACUUCCCAGAAAUGUUCAAACAGGCUCUCUACAAGCUGUGGGGCUCCUCCGAAAAGCAGCCCAAGGACAUUUUGACCUGCACCGAGCUCGUGCUGGACUCUCAGGGGCAGCUGGUGGAGAUGAACAGGCUCCCGGGAGGGAAUGAGGUGGGCAUGGUGGCUUUCAAAAUGCUGCUCAAGACCCGAGAGUACCCCAACGGCCGCUACAUCAUCGUCAUCGGCAACGACAUCACCUUCCGGAUCGGCUCUUUCGGCCAGGAGGAGGACCUGCUGUUCCUGCGCGUGUCCCAGCUGGCCCGGGCCGAGGGCAUCCCCAAGAUCUACCUCUCCGCCAACAGUGGGGCCCGCAUCGGCCUGGCCGAAGAGAUCCGGCACAUGUUCCACGUGGCCUGGGUCGACCCCGAGGACCCCUGCAAGGGAUUUAAAUACCUCUACCUGACUCCACAAGACUACACCAAGAUCAGCUCCCUGAACUCGGUCCAUUGCAUGCACGUGGAAGAGGAAGGAGAGUCCAGGUACGUCAUCACGGACAUCAUCGGGAAGGAUGAUGGGCUCGGCGUGGAGAACCUGAGGGGCUCGGGCACGAUUGCUGGGGAGUCCUCUCUGGCUUAUGAGGAAAUUAUUACCAUCAGCAUGGUGACCUGCCGGGCUAUCGGAAUUGGUGCCUACCUGGUGCGGCUGGGACAGCGAGUGAUACAGGUGGAUAAUUCCCAUAUCAUCCUGACAGGAGCGAGUGCUUUAAAUAAGGUCCUCGGCCGGGAAGUUUAUACCUCAAAUAACCAGUUGGGUGGCGUGCAGAUCAUGCAUUUUAAUGGGAUUUCCCACAUCACCGUUCCAGAUGACUUUGAGGGAGUUUACACCAUCUUGGAGUGGCUCUCCUACAUGCCCAAGGACACACAUAGCCCAGUGCCCAUCAUCACACCUAUCGACCCCAUUGACCGAGAAAUUGAGUUCACUCCUUCCAAAGCCCCCUACGACCCCCGCUGGAUGCUAGCAGGAAGGUCUCAUCCAACUGUGAAGGGAUCCUGGCAAAGUGGCUUCUUUGACCAGAACAGCUUCAAGGAGAUCAUGGAGCCUUGGGCCCAAACCGUGGUGACCGGCCGAGCAAGGUUGGGGGGAAUUCCUGUCGGGGUGAUUGCCGUGGAGACGCGGACCGUGGAGAUGGUGGUCCCCGCCGAUCCUGCUAAUCUGGAUUCUGAAGCUAAGAUAAUCCAACAGGCAGGACAGGUGUGGUUUCCAGACUCGGCCUUUAAAACCGCCCAAGCUAUCAAGGAUUUCAACCGCGAGAAAUUGCCUCUGAUGAUCUUUGCCAACUGGAGAGGAUUCUCUGGGGGCAUGAAGGACAUGUAUGACCAGGUGUUGAAGUUUGGAGCUUAUAUAGUAGAUGGUCUCAGACAGUACAAGCAGCCCAUCCUCAUCUACAUCCCCCCAUACGCUGAGCUCCGUGGAGGCUCCUGGGUGGUCAUUGACCCAACCAUCAACCCUCUGUGCAUGGAGAUGUACGCAGACAAGGAGAGCAGAGGCGGGGUUUUGGAACCCGAAGGAACCGUGGAGAUCAAGUUCCGGAAAAAAGACCUGAUAAAAACCAUGAGGAGGAUUGACAGCAUUUACAUGAAAUUGGUGGAACAGCUGGGGGCAGAAGAUCUGCCAGAAAAGGACCGGAAGGACCUGGAGAGCAAGCUGCGCGCCCGGGAAGAGCACCUGCUACCUGUCUACCACCAGGUGGCGGUGCAGUUUGCGGAUCUCCACGACACGCCAGGGAGGAUGCAGGAGAAGGGCGUCAUUUCAGACAUUCUCGAGUGGAAAACGUCGCGCACAUUCCUGUACUGGCGCCUCCGCCGCCUGCUCCUCGAGGACAUCGUCAAGAACAAGAUCCUGCAGGCCAACGGCGAGCUCAGCCACGUGCACAUCCAGUCCAUGCUGCGCCGCUGGUUCAUGGAGACCGAGGGCGCCGUCAAGGGAUACCUCUGGGACAACAACCAGGUGGUGGUGGAGUGGCUGGAGAAGCACCUGCAGCAGGAGGACGGCCUGCACUCGGCCAUUCGGGAGAACAUCAAGUGCCUGAAGCGGGACUCUGUCCUCAAGACCAUCCGAGGGCUGGUUCAGGACAACCCCGAGGUUGCCGUGGACUGUGUGAUCCACAUGACCCAGCACAUCAGCCCCGCGGACAGGGCCCAGAUCGCCCACCUCCUAGCCACCAUGGAGAGCCCGGCCUCCACCUGACUGGGGGACGCAUAGGGCCACAGUCCGGCCCAGGAGAAGACGCGCCAGCGGCCUGGGAGCGGCCGGCGGUGGCCGCUGGCCGCUCCCCGGAGCCCCCGCCAGGCUCCCCCCCCCGGGCGUCUCUGCGGGCCUGGAAGAGCAGGCAGCCCCUCAGACCUCUAAAUAAAGGGCAUCCGUGUGGCGUUUUCAUGCAGAGAUGUCCGCCCGCCUUGCGCUGGGCACUGGUGUGUUUGCUUUGGCUCGAGGCGUCUUCGCUGCCUGGCCCGUGGGCCCCGGGCCUUGUGGGGGCACAGGACACCGUCCACAGACUUUUUUUAAAAACUACCAGUCCGGUUCCUCAUUAAGGAUCCUUCAUGACCGAGGAAAGGGGACAGACUUGGGGACCCAGAUCCAGAGGGGGCUGCAGGGAAAGCCGGUUUUGGCCAGUGGCUCUGGCCCUGCUGCCCAUGAGGGGAUCGGGAGACUUUUUUUUUUUUUUUCAUUUUUCUAAAUGAAGAGGAAAAAAUUGUUUUCAGAACAGCAAAUGACAAAUCACUAGGGACAUUUGUGGGAAUUAUUCUUAGAGAGGGGUGAUUUUUAGGACAAAUGAAGUCUCAUCCUGGCUUGGGGGGCGUCAGGAUCUUCGAGAUUCCCUUUGUGGGGAGGGAGCGAGGCUGCCGGAUGCUUCCUCCGGGGCUGGGCACCCACGUCUCUAAGGAAAGCACAGACUUUUUCACUUCGUCUCGGAGGUCCCGGGCCGUCCUGCCCGCCCUUCCCCAGGGGCUGGCUUGCCUGCCGGGCUGGAGUGUGUGCAAGGAGGGGAGACGCGCCUCUCGCCCAAUGUCCGCCUUGAUUGCGGGCAUCCCUACUGUGCCCUCCAACUCUCGUCCAUAAAUGAACCUGCUGCUAAGUCGCCUUCCUUCCCCCAUCAGUGCCUUGUUAUGGUGGGCACGUGCCCGCCACCCACCACUCAGCCAGCACAAAGCAGCAGUACCCGCAGUCCGGGCGGCUUGGGGGCACAGUGGGCCCCCAGCUGUUCUGAUUUGACAAGAAGCGGAUGGAGCCUGAGCUCUGGGCCUCUGGCCUACAGUAGCCAGAACUUAGGUUCUGACAGGGGGUCCAGGGAGCCGGCACUGCCUUGCUGCCCACGUGUACCAUGCCAGGGGGCAUUUAUCGGGGACUUCCCCUGCUAGGGCCACGAGAUCUGAUUUCUCCCAAGUCCUGGCUAAAAGGGAUGCCCAAGGACCGAGGCAUGUGGCGUCAGCCUAUGAAAGCUCUGGUGAAUGAAUGGGGAAGGAGGGUCCCGAUAACAGCUGUGUAUUUCUCCCUCGGAUGGUGGGGACGCGGGCGGGGGAGGAGCGGGGGCUGCUUUGGGAAAUGAAGGCUUUUGAAUGUGUACGUGCGCACACUGGGCCUCCGGCCAAAGGUCGUGCUGACCCUCUGAGGGUGUCUAGACUAGAGAGGAGGCGUCCAAUAAAUUGACCAUGUUUUUCAGAU